AUGGUGUCCAAGUCCUAUAUAACCACACUACCGCUUCUACUCACUCAGCACUCCAACAUCAACCCUGAACUUGACCACUGGAUCAACUUUACGAGUUCUCCUUUCGAUUCACUACCAAAGUACAAUUCCAUCAUGGCUUCGAUCUCGACCUCCUCCUCCUCGCUCAACACUGAUAUUGCCGCCGUUUCCCCUUUCGAGCACCUCCCUGCUGAAAUCCGCCACCAUAUAUACGCUUAUUUGAGGUUUCCAGUUGGCGGCUAUAUGUGGGUUGAUUGCCCGGGCCCCAGUGAAGGCUGUGUUGAUAAGUCGCAUAUCAUCUUCCAUGAAGAUGCGAAAUGGCCGAUGCUGUGGCACGCUCUGCCUAGAGAGUUUUUGAUCCGACGGAAAGCCAAGCAACUGAUCUUUCGCGAUGGACCGGGAAAGAAAGCGGGGUUUCAGGAUUUGACUGUAAAGAUUAUCAAGAAGGAUGGAUUUGUGCACAUGAAGGCAAAUAUCGAGAACCAACUCAUGGAGGUCAACAUGGCUAUACGCAAUGAGCUUCUCCAUCUCUUGUUCGACCACAUCGACGCACGGUUUGAAUUUUCGCUGUCUGGGCAGUCGAACCUUCUGUGUCAGACACUCGCUCCUUCGACACUUGCCCAUAUAACCACUAUUACACUUGGAAAUUCGGGUAUUCGAGAGAUAAACCCCCUCGAAAAGGCUGGCCCCAAGACCUUAAUCGAGCACGACACCACAUCUCUUCUUUUUGUCGUAGCCCACUGCCCUCACAUACGACGCCUGACGUACGCUACUGAUAUCCACGUUCUCAAGUCAGGUACGACUGAACAGAUCUUGGACUUCGUCUUUGCUUGCCGAACCCUCACAACUUCUUGCAAGGAGCUCAAGGAACUCCAAUUCCUAGCUCUUAGCACGUUACGUGGUGGACAUGUAGUGGAGACUUUCGCAGUGGGUGGAUGGAAUCACGUCGUGGUGUGGGUUUGGGACGUGUUGAGUAAGGUGAUGGGUGGUGGAUAUUUAGUUGAAGCCUAA